AUGAAUGCUAGAGAUUUGGUGCAGAAUGGAACUAGGAAAAAGAUAGGCAAUGGCAAGGCAACCAACAUUUGGAGGGACAACUGGAUUCCGGGAAAUAGGGAUGGCAAAGUCACCUCUGUGAGGCCUCUGAAUUGCAAAAUCAAAAGAGUAGAGGAGUUGAUCUGUGGCUUUCGAUGGAGGAUACCACUUGUAUUUAGGACCUUUAACAGGAAGGAGGCAGAGGAAAUUCUGGAGAUUCCUAUUAGUAUAUCAGGAAAGGAUGAUAGCAAUUACUGGAUACAUAGCGGCAAUGGCAUCUACACUGUCAACUCAGGUUACAAGGCAUUGUGCAGAGGAACUGUUCAAUACAAAGAAAGAAGAGAGAAGGAGGCGGAAACUAGUAUAGCAAGUUCUUAUGAAAAGCAGUGGAAGUGGAUGUGGAGGCUGAACGUUAAGAGCAAGAUCAAACAUUUCCUUUGGAAGUGCCUACAUGGUUUAUUACCAGUCAACAGCCUGGUUUUUAAAAGAACACACAAAGGUGAUCCAAUCUGUGGUGGCUGUGGUGAACAAGAAGAGUCAAUUGAACACAUGUUUUUCCAAUGCAGCAAAGCACAAGAGGUGUGGAAAAUGGCUCCAUUACAAUGGGAUGGGUUAAGGGAACAGACAGGGAAUUUUCAAGCUUGGUGGACUGCUCUUCUGGAAGCUACAUGCAGGACAGAAGGAAAGGAGCAUAUAGAGCUCACUGUGAACAUCCUCUGGCAACUCUGGAAAAGGAGAAAUGAAUGGCAAUUCAAUGCCAAACACAGGCACCCUUGGAAAAUAAUCCAAAAGGCUCUACAGGAAUGGCAAGAACAAAAAGAUGUCCAGAGCAAGCAGGAAAUAGUCUCUGAAGAUGCGGUAAGAGCAGAUGAGGAAGUUGAUCAGGAGGAGGCAGGAUGGAAUGAAAUUCAGAUCAGAAUAUCAACUAAGGAGCAAGACCAAUCCAACCGAGUUGGCAUGGGGAUUUUUGCAUCUACCUUCAACAAUCAUUGGGUGGCUGCAUGGGCACUUUUUGACAGAAAAACAGUGAAUCAGUUGCAGUCUACUGCAGAAGCUGUGAAAAUGGCCAUCAUAAAGGCUAGACACCAGCAAUGGAAGGAAAUUGUUGUCCACAUCACCAGCCCCCAGCUACUGAAGAUGAUAAAGGAAAGGAAGGCAAAGGACAUCAAAAUGGCUACUUUGAUAGAUGAUAUUAACGAUCUCAGGUCCUUAUUUCAGAAAUGCUCCUUUUGUUUAGAUAGGAGCUUAGACUCUAGAUGUGAAGCGAUUAGUGAUUAUGCUUUAGGCAUAUUUCAAGAUGAGGAAUGGAUUAAUCCUCAGUGUGUCUAA